AUGUCUGGAGAAGGAGAAAUCAAUCUUGACAACCUCAUCACUAGGUUACUCGAGGUUCGUGGAUGUCGUCCAGGAAAGACGGUAACUAUGACCGAAGCGGAAAUUCGGGCUUUGUGCCACAAAUCCCGCGAAAUUUUCUUGUCGCAGCCGAUUCUUCUGGAGUUGGAAGCACCGCUGAAGAUUUGUGAUAAGUCCAAAAACUAG